GAUUUUAAACUAAGUGGAUCUGCUUGUUUUUAAUUGUUCAUCAUCAUCAAAUCACAGACUCAAGAUGGCCCUAAAUGUGUUUGAUCAUGAUGAAUACAGACCACCAGUGUGGAAGUCCUACUUGUACCAGCUCCAGCAGGAGGCACCUCACCCACGCAGACUCACCUGUACCUGUGAGGUGGACAACCGACCUAAAUACUAUGGAAGAGAGUACCACGGGAUGAUUUCAAGAGAAGAAGCCGACCAGUUGCUGAGUCAGGCCGAAGGCAGCUACCUCAUCAGAGAGAGUCAGAGACAGCCGGGCACAUACACGCUGGCUCUAAGGUUUGGGAACCAGACUAGAAAUUUCCGCCUCUACCAUGACGGGAAGCACUUUGUUGGAGAGAAAAGGUUCGAGUCCAUCCACGACCUGGUCACAGACGGCCUCAUCACACUCUACAUCGAGACGAAGGCAGCAGAGUACAUCGCUAAGAUGACCAUAAACCCUAUCUAUGAACACGUGGGCUACACCACCCUGAACCAGGAGCCCACCCUGAAGAAACACCUGCCAAUCAGCCCCGAGGCACCCGACGGACCUGUUCCAGUCAAAGACGACCACAGCACAGAGGAGAGGCUCACGUCGCUGGUGCGGCGGGCCACCCUGAGGGAGAGCGACUUGGCGCCCAAGUACGAGAAGGUGCACAACUUCAAGGUUCAUACAUUUAGGGGCCCCCACUGGUGUGAGUACUGUGCCAACUUCAUGUGGGGUCUCAUCGCUCAGGGAGUCAAGUGUGCAGACUGUGGGCUGAAUGUCCACAAGCAGUGCUCCAAGGUGGUGCCCAACGAUUGCCAGCCAGACCUGAGGCACGUCAAGAAGGUUUACAGCUGCGACCUAACCACGCUGGUCAAAGCCCACAACGCCAAGAGGCCGAUGGUGGUGGACAUGUGCAUACAAGAAAUCGAGGCCAGAGGUCUUCAGUCAGAGGGUUUGUACAGAAUAUCAGGCUUCAGUGAGCUGAUUGAAGACGUCAAGCUGGCUUUCGAUAGAGACGGAGAAAAGGCGGAUAUUUCCUCAAGCGCCUACGAGGACAUCAACAUCAUCACCGGAGCCCUCAAACUCUACUUCAGAGAGCUGCCUAUUCCCCUCAUCACAUAUGAUGCCUACCCACGCUUCAUAGAAGCCGCAAAGAUUACAGACGCAGAAAAACGCCUGGAGUCUAUCCAUGAGGCCUUGAGGCUGCUGCCACCAGCUCACUGCGAGUCGCUGCGAUACCUCAUGGCUCACCUCAAGAGAGUCAUCCAGUGUGAGAAGGAGAACCUCAUGUCCAGCGAGAACCUGGGUAUCGUCUUCGGUCCGACACUGAUGCGAGCCCCCGAUUUGGAUGCUAUGACGUCGCUCAACGACAUCAGAUACCAGAGACAGGUGGUGGAAACGCUCAUUACCAACGAAGACGUACUGUUCUAAAAAGGGGGAGGAAGAGGGAAAUGAUUAUCCCAGUGAUGCGAAGAAGGACAGAGAGAUCAGGAGUAUAUGUGUUGUCCUCCUUUGAAAAGAGGGAAGACCUGUUGAUUUUUUUAUUUUAUUUACAUAAAAACGAAGGAGAAACAUACAAGAUACCUGAGACUUGUGUCUUGUUAGAGAGGACAGAAAAGACACUACCUGUUUAUAUGAGCAGAGGAUGGAAGGAUCAUUGAAGGAAUAAAAAAAAAAACCCAUAGUGACUCUGCAUUGAAGUGAAUGGAAGGAUGCAGUGUUUCCCUACAUUUCUAGUGUACAUUAGCAAAACUAUAGUCAUCAAACUUGAAGCUUCUGCAGAAGAUUCUUAACUGCUAAUGUAAUAACUGUAUAAAAUGGCAUUACUGGAAUAAUGAAUAUUGGGAUUUUCACUCAUGUCUCUCAGUGAGCUGGGAGAAAAGGGGGAUUAAUAACAGUAGCAUUGACACUACUUUGUCUACGUAGAGGAAACACUGUGGGAUCCAUCUUUGUGUUACUCUCUUUGUUUCUUAAAUGGAUGCCUUGACAUUUUUUCUUCUCUCUGUGGCAUUUUAUUUUUUCUUCACCAGACUGCUACUUUGAAAAAAAACCCCGUUUGGUUAGCAUUGUUAGCAUUUACCACAGAAACCAAAUGAUACUGCUAAACCACAUACUAAUAAGAAGAAGGUGGGGAGGUUUCAGUGAAAAAUGCUGCUUUUCUAACCAACAUAUUUACUAAAAGAGCAACUUUUCCCUCGAGCCCUGGUGUUAAGAAAUGUCUUUUGUUUACUUUAUUUCUCUCGUAGUGUCAAGGUAUCCUUUUAAUCUUCCUCAAGAGAAGAAGCACUGAAUUCAAAACAGUAGACAGCUGGAUGAAUGAAUGAAUGAAUGAAUGGGGGGAAAAACUCAUCCGCAAUCAUUCCUCUGAAUGGAACUGAAGUGACUUGGACCUAUUGUGUUUUUCAUUCCUUUUUUAAAGUG